UGCGCAUGCGGACAGUAACGUGCGAUUUGCCACUCGGCACACGUGCGUUCGGUCAUCUCUAAUAAAUCCGAAGUGUUAUCGCGCGGUUAGUUAGCGCAGUUCAAUCCGUAGAAAGUUUGAAGUAGAAAGAGGAUAACAUACAACGGAGGAACAAAGAGCACUGCAGAUUAUAGUAAAUCUAGAAGAUCGGUACCGAUUAAUUAAAACAUCUAAGUUAAUAUGGUUUCAUCAACGGUGACUGAAAAUGGAAGCACAACACCUGAAGUCAAGUCAUCUUCUGCAGUGGAAUUUCCACCUGGAGACUAUAGACUUGUUGGCUGGGAUAUGGAUGCUACAGGCCGAAAACUCAUUGAUGAAAUUUGUCAAAUCGCAGGAUAUACACCAAGUUCCACUUAUGCCCAAUAUGUAAUGCCUUUCAAAAACCUAAACCCACCUGCUAGAAAAAGGCACAACAUGAAAGUUGUGACUAUUGGAAAAUAUCGUAUGCUCAAGGAUAGUAAGACUAAUAAGAUAUUAAAGACCAAAAGUGAAAUAUCAGCGCUAACAGAUUUCUUAACGUGGUUGGAGUCUGUCAAGGGGGAUGCCACAGAUGGUGUUAUACUAGUAUACCAUGAGGCGCGCAAAGUUAUUCCAGCAAUGUUGCUCGAAUCCCUAAAAAGAUAUGGUCUUCUCGAUAGGUUUAAGCAAACCGUUAAAGGAUUUGCUAAUGGGUUCAACAUUGCGGAAGUUAAAUGUGCAAAUAUUGUUCGCACAUUUUCUUUACGCACUUUGUCACGCGUAAUGCUUGAUAAGGAGGAGGAGCUGGACAAUGCAGUAGACAGAGCACGACUAGCUCUACAAAUUGUCCAACAUUUAAGCGUGGGUGAAGAAAACGGGAAAAAUGCAGAAGGAAGCGGCAGUGGAGAUAGCGAUGCCGCCACGAAGGGAACCGUCGAGCUUAUUAGGGAAUUCGUGCAACCGACUUAUGCCGAAGAGAAGGAACUUGCAGAACUGAAAUUAGUAUUGGAACGGCAAAAUAGCUUGAAACCAAUUUUCGGUGCAUUGUUACGUGUGAGUCGUCGAGAACGUCAGCAUGCUAGUCCUUUGCGCCGAUUGCUUGCAGAAGCUGGUGUAGAAUACGCAGUAUUGCAGGAAGCAUGGUCCACGGGUCAAAAGGAAGGUUUAGAGAAAUUAAUAAAAGAAAAAGUAACCGCAGCUGAGACUAAUCAACUAGAAGAUCUAUUAGACGUAUUAGAAUGUCACUUUGAUCCUCUAAAGAAACCAAAAGCUAGGCCGGAGCAAGAUAAGGAGUCAAUUAAAAAAGUUGUAGCGAAGACUGAAGUUGUUAAGGAGAACAAUAAGAAUGAUUCGGGUACCGAAAGUCCGGACACAACUACAUCCCAUUCACCUCUGAAAGAAAAUACGGAGCCUUCUCAAAACGCAAAAGUUACUGCUGAGAUUAAAUGAAAAUCCAAAACCUUGAUGCCAGUGCCUUAUCUAAUUUCAAAGUAGAUUGAGCUCGUUUAUUCGAAAACUUCCUACAUUGGUACUCGAUAAAAGAAACAAAAAAGUAUAAACGUUGCCUGUUACAAUUUUUAUUUAGAUUUCGUGAUAUUCGGUUGGGUAGUCAAUCCUGGAGAUUGGCCCGUCCGAUUCCAUUCAGAGAAAUGUAUUAAUAUCAUAUAUUAUUUACUUUAGUUUAUUAUGCAAUUGAAAAAUAUUCUUGUUUAAUAUCUACUGAGUUUAUGUUUAUUAAUUUUUUAUUAAUUAGUUUUCUAUUUUAUAUUAAUAAGAUUGUUUUUUUUUUAGUCGAUCGUACUGGGAGUCUGGUCGAUUAACAAAUUAUAUUCCCAGCCUCUUUCUUUAUAUUUCGCUUGUACGCGUUACUUUUCAUGUUUUGUUACUUGGUCGCGUAUUCUCACUGAACAAUCUAACACUCGUUAUUUUCUGUUUAUCGAACCAAACCGCUAGCUGAACAUUCCCAUGUGAAUGGCUAAACAUAAGUGCAUGGUAUGUACGCGUUUAAAAUACUAUGCAUUCAUAUAACCAAUGGUUCAUAAAGCAAUGAAGGCAUUUAUUUAAUACUGUUACAUGAUUGAUCCCCUCGUACUCAUGAGCUAAAAGUACUCGCGUACUAGAUAUGUUCGGAUCUCAUUGUAUUAUUAAUAUAAUAAAAGAUGUUAAUAAAUAUAUAA